GCCGUCAUGGCUUGGUAGAGGGCGGCCCGCGCCCCGCAGCAGCCCGGCCGGCCGGGGCGGAGCGGAGCGGAGCGGCAGCGGCGGAGGGAGGCGGGAGGCGAGCGGCGGGGCGCGCCGCGGGCGCCCGGGAGGAUGGUGUCCCAGCUGAGCGCCCUGCAACGGGAGCUGCUGGGAGCCCUGCUCAGCUCCGGAGCCACCAAGGAGGGCUUGAUCCGCGCCCUGGAGGACAUGGUCCCCGCCGCCGGCUUCGGCGUCAAGCUGGAGAGCCUGCCGCUGUCCCCCGGCGGGCCGCCCGACGGCAAGGCCGCCUUCGUGCCGCUGGCCAACGGGCACGGCAAGGGCAAGCUCUCCGGCGAUGAGGGCUCGGAGGACGGCGACGACUUCGACACGCCGCAGAUCCUGCGGGAGCUGCAGGCGCUCAACACCGAGGAGGCCGUGGAGCAGCGGGCAGAGGUGGACAGGAUGAUCAGCGAGGACCCGUGGCGGGCGGCGAAGAUGAUCAAGGGGUACAUGCAGCAGCACAACAUCCCGCAGCGGGAGGUGGUGGACGUCACCGGCCUCAACCAGUCCCACCUCUCCCAGCACCUCAACAAGGGCACCCCCAUGAAGACGCAGAAGAGAGCCGCUCUCUACACGUGGUACGUCCGCAAGCAGCGGGAGAUCCUCCGGCAGUUCAACCAGGCAGUCCAGGGUUGUGGAAAUAGGACAGACAAAAGCAGUCAGGAUCAGCUGCUGUUUCUCUUUCCAGAGUUCAAUCAGCAGAACCAGGGGGCUGCCCAGCUCGACGACGCCUGCUCCGAAACGCCCAGUAAGAAGAUGCGCCGCAACCGGUUCAAGUGGGGGCCGGCCUCCCAGCAAAUCUUGUACCAAGCCUAUGACCGCCAAAAGAACCCCAGCAAGGAGGAGCGCGAGGCGCUGGUGGAGGAGUGCAACAGGGCUGAAUGUCUGCAGCGGGGGGUGUCCCCCUCCAAGGCGCACGGGCUCGGCUCCAACCUGGUGACAGAGGUGCGGGUCUACAACUGGUUUGCCAACCGGCGGAAGGAGGAGGCUUUCCGACAGAAGCUGGCCAUGGAUGCCUACAGCUCGGGCCAGCCCGCCCCGCACAGCAUGAACCUGCUGCUGUCCCACGGCUCCCCGCACCACAACCAGCCCAGCGCCUCGCCGCCCAGCAAAAUGACAGGGGUCCGGUACAGCCAGGCGGCGAGCGGCGAGGCAGCAUCCUCCGGCUCCAUCGGCCACCACGGCAGCGGUGCCAUGGUCCCCACGAGCCAGGCUGUGCUGCCGCAGGUCUCCCCGGCCGGCCUGGACCCAGGCCAUGGUUUGCUCUCUCCCGACGGUAAAAUGAUCUCGGUGUCGGGGGGCGGGCUGCCCCCGGUGAGCACCCUGACCAACAUCCACAGCUUGUCGCACCACAACCCGCAGCAGUCCCAGAACCUCAUCAUGGCACCGCUCUCGGGGGUCAUGGCCAUCGCACAGAGUAAGUGCUCCUCUCCGUGGACCCCGUUGUCCCCCAGCGGGAAGGGGGCCCCGCUGCCCGCUCGCUGUCACAUCCCCGCUCCGCUCCGCUCCCUCCCAGGUCUCAACACCUCGCAGGCGCAGAGCGUUCCCGUCAUCAACAGCGUCGCGGGCAGCCUGGCAGCCCUGCAGCCCGUCCAGUUCCCGCAGCAGCUCCACAGCCCGCACCAGCAGCCGCUCAUGCAGCAGUCGCCCAGCCACAUGUCCCAGCAGCCCUUCAUGGCCACCGUGACCCAGCUGCAGAACUCGCACAUGUAUACACACAAACAGGAGCCUCCCCAGUAUUCCCACACUUCCCGCUUCCCCUCAGCGAUGGUGGUGACGGAUACCAGCAGCAUCAGCACGCUCACCAAUAUGUCUUCCAGUAAGCAGUGUCCCCUGCAAGCCUGGUGAUGCUCCACACCUCGCUGCUUCCGCACAUAGCAACGGGAUCUUAUUUUCCACAACACCCCGGAGGUGAUCCGUGUGCCGAGCCCGGGGAGUCGCCAGAGCAAAGCCCAGCGCCGCAGCGAGGAGCCCAGCAACCCGGAGCCUCGAGAUUCCCCAUGGGAACGGGCCCGGAUCCACGGGUGCCCACCCGGGACCUCUCCUUCUCUCCGUGCAGUAUUUCCAAGCUGUGUCUUGGGGAUUUCUUCCUGAAGUAUUUGUCCUCCACACGGCCGCUGGCUCUCCCGAGGAACUGGACCGAGCUGUGCUGGGAACUGGCAGAAGGGGAAGAUGGAUGGUAUUUAAGUUAUACUCCUCCACCCGACAGACUGAGAGGGACUUGGGUCUGUUACUUGGCGUUUGGAAGGAGGAAUCGCAUGUGCUGUUGAACUGAGCCAAUGGAACUGUAAAUAUAGGUACAGUCUGCUCCGUCCUCACCCUUCCCCGCUCCUAUACAUAGAGAUUUAUAUAAAAAGAAGUAAAUUUUGUCCAAUGGAUGUAAACUACUGUAAUUAAGUGCAAUUCUGCCAUCUGUAUAUAUUGUUCCCAAAUCUCUUCUCUUUAUCCUGUUUUUGUUGUUGUUUUUUGUAAAGGUCAGAGCUGAGGGUGGUUUUGGUGUUAUAUUUCUCUUCUUCCGUUAAAUGAGUUAAUUCAAAGCCACACUGGUCUCUGUGGGAGGACAGGCAGAAGUGUGUCCUCUGCAUGGUGACAUCCCAGGUGAAGGAAAGAUACAGGGCGAGAUGAGCGGAGCCCCAAGCAGGACCUGGACCCAUCUGCAGGGGGCAAACUGCCACUGUGGAGAUCUCAAGGGACUCUCCUGCCUUUGGGGACUCUCAGGUCAAUGAUGGGGUGCAGAAGCGCUCAGCAGCCUGGUCAGCACAUCAGGCUAUUGGGAAGUGUUCAGCAUCGCAGCUUUCAGGUGAGCCUGUAGCAUUUGCUGCUGCAGAGGUGAAUGGGGCUGCAAGGAAUUUUGGUGGGGUCUUCCUCAAGUGCAGUCCAGAGACUCCUUUUCUUGGGGUGCAGAAGGUGCCCAGUUCCUGCCCAGUAAUGGCCAGUACAGGUGGCUGUUUUCCACCAUUAGCAGCUUGAUGGUGAGCCUUGUUGGUCCACUCUUAUCAAUAAACACAGUGCUGCAGUAGCUGUAGAAGGUGCCAUCUCCUCUCCUGCGAGACACAAGCUCCUCCAUCCCUGCUCCCCCUUGUAAAUGGAUCAAAUGCUGCCCAGUUUUACAAGCCUUUUGUUAACUCCUGAGCAUGUGCCAACUACUGAGAGUGCUUUCGAGAGGUGCCCAUGCAUGGAUGACCACUGCUAAAAGGAAAUACACGGGAUGCUUUCUUUGGGGCAAGAAAAGCUCUUUUGCUCUGUGUCUGUACAAUGUCGAGUGCAGUGGGACUCUAACUCUUGCUGGGACUGAUAGGAGUUGCCCUGCUGUAAAUAAGUCGUCAUGCAUUGGAGACCAAUACUCAGAAUGACAUUUAAUUUAAUGUAUACCAUAAUUAAACACCAUUUCUUCUGAA